AUGCCUCCCGAGCGCAAGCAAGUUGUGGUACUCUAUGCGGAGACAAAAUUGCAGAAAUCUAUAGACUUGCCAGGUAGUUUGACUGUCGCCAGAGCUAAGGAGGAGGGAAUGGUAGCAAUCAGAGAUCACUUGAAUGCACUUCCCGGUGUACCGUCUGUCUCUCUAGAUCUGUAUCGAUUUUUACCCAGGACGAUAAUACCAUCAUACGCAGUCUUAAAGCGUUUGACACCCUCACCCUUUGUCGAUGCUCUUCAAUCUGCCAUUCAGGAAGUACGUGACGUGAAGGCUCAAAAAAAUGCCACAUUAUCGAUCAGAGAGGAGAACGCCCAGUGUAAUGUUAAACCAGGUGUUUUUUGUGGCCUUCAAAUUCAUCACCGUCAGACUAAUGUAUUCUCAGCUGCAAAUGACAUCCUUAGUGUCCUUCUUCGUAGAUUCCAGGCAAUGGAGGAAAAAAUCGUUCAGGAUAUAGCUGAGCUAAGGCGGGAAAAUGCCGAGUUGAAGCACGACGUGGAAGAGCUUGCUGGGCUGAAGUCCAACAUCGAAGAACUGAGGCGGGAAAAUGCUGGGCUCAAGAAUGACAUCAAAGAGCUGCGUGAUCAAACGGAUGAAAGUGCCAGAGCUACUUUGGGCGACAAAGUUGCGAUCGAUAGGAUCCGUCGGCAGGGCACUCCUUGA